GCCGAGUGGUGUGUUCGAUUUGCUGACAUUUGUGUGAAUAAAAUUCCUUAUUUGAUACGGUUUUGGAUUUAAGACGACAUUUUACAUAAUACCAUAAAGUAAAGUCGUUGAAAUUUCGCCACAAAUUGAGACUAUGGCUCACUGGUUCGUGGACCAGCUAAUCGCGAUGGAUUCCAGACUACAGAACAGGAAACCAGUACUGGAAGGACUUUCCAAGCUUACUCGAGUGGCAACCGAGAAUGGCUGAUAGGAUUCAAGCUACCUGACGGGCGGUUUUCCACCACAUAAAGUGUUUAUGAUAAACCAGUGAAUUUGUGCCUUUACCGAAAAGAGAACUACUUUGUAGAAGGUGUUCCAGAUGAUCGUGGAGACGCUGAUUUCUUGGGUGUCCGCCUACAGGAACCAUAACAAUAUGACUCUCCUGGCUUCCGUCUCGUCGCUUCUGGAAGGGUCAGGAAUGGAAGAGCGGCUGCAGGAGGCAAAGGACGUCCUGGCCUUGCAGUUCCAGGGCCUCGCCCUCGGGGUCUUCAGCCAGGGGAUGCCCUGGCACCUCCUGCCUUACCUGGUGCUGUUCGUGGUCCUCUGGACCGUGUAUCGCGUGGCUUUCCAUCCUCUCAAUCGGGUCAUGAAUAUGGAGGAUAUUGGCUGGGGAUGCCUGAGCUCCCAGGACGGCAAGUCCUUGGCCGAGAAGAUCCGCAGGAUGCAGAAACUGAGGAAGACUGGGGACUUGCCUCCUUCUUACCCUAAUGGUUGGUUCGCCAUCGCCGAAUCCAGGAACGUGGCUGCUGGACAGGUAAUCCCGGUCAACGCCCUCGGGGAAGCCCUGGCAGUUUUCCGAGGCACUGAUGGAGAAGCCCACGUGGUCGACGCCUACUGCCCCCAUCUGGGGGCCAACAUGGCCGUUGGUGGGGUCGUGAAGGGCAGCAGCCUGGAAUGUCCCUUCCACGGAUGGCAGUUCGAUGGGAUCGAUGGAUCGUGUGUACACAUUCCUAAUUGCGCUAAAGUCCCGAAGACAGCCAACGUGAGGACGUGGGAGGAGCCGCGAGAUGAACGGCUUCAUCUUCGUCUGGCACGACGCAGAGGGCCGGGCGCCGAUGUGGGAAAUCACCGAAAUCAAAGAGAUUACCUCCACAAGUGGACUUUUCGGGGCCGCACUUCCCACGAGGUUCUGGCCCAUAUACAGGAAAUUCCCGAAAACGGAGCUGAUGUGGCCCAUCUGCUGCACCUCCAUCGUCCCAACAUCUUCAAAGGGUCCGAUCUCCGUGACGCCUUUGCAGACAAUCAGGUUUUGGACGUGGCCCAGCACAUCUGGGACGGAGAGUGGAGGUCCCGGCCAGAGCCGGAGUCCCACACGGCAGAACUGAAGGUGACCCACACAUUCGCGCUCUUCGGUGGCAAGUUCAAGAUCCUCACCAUGACCGUCAAGGCAGAACAGAUCGGGCCAGGCGUCGUGCACUUGCACUUCGACACAAGCCUAGGCUCCGGCGUCCUCAUCCAAGUGGUCACCCCAGUGGAGCCUCUGCGUCAGAAGAUUGUGCAUCAGUUCUAUUCGUCGUCAAGCUUCAUCGCACCUUACGCAAAAUUCGUCCUGCUCUGUGAGGCACGCCAUGUGGAGAGAGACAUCAUGAUCUGGAACAACAAGCAGUACAAAGCUCAGCCGAUGUACGUCAAGGAAGACCGCUUCCUGAAGAAGUUCCGCUCCUGGUACGCGCAGUUCUACUCUCAGAACAGCCAGCAGUUCUCCUUCAGGAACGAGACACUGAGCUGGUGAUUUCGAGAGACGCAGUGACGACGACCUCGCUUGCCUUCAUUAUUACUUUCUAGGUCACUUUCUGGACCUUAUCCCAAGCUUAGCGCCGCAGAACCUGAAGGAAGAGGCACAAUUUCCUUUCUGGGUUGUCAAGGGAUGUGUUUGUGUUAGUCGUCUAGGGUUUCAGCAAUUCAUAGUAUGCAAAUGCAUCCUUAGAAGUAAGGAAAUAUGUGGCUGGUAUGUAACUUGAUGCAUAUAUAGAUGACUGUUUAGUCAGGUAAACAGGCUCGAUUUGUUACAGGUAGGAAUCUGCAAAACUGUUAUUGUAAACCUUGUUAAUCAUUGUUAAUCAGAAAGUAAGACCAGUCGAUUACAGAUAGAACUCGGUGAAACAAAUAGAAAAAAAAACUAUUACAACCAUGGGCAUUUAGGACAGUCUGUCGUGAACUGUUAACUUGAAACCGCAGGAAUAAUUCAGUUAAAUAAGAAGCUGUGACAGACAUUGCAAUCAAAAACUUACUCUUCAACGUAUGCAAGGACAAAUCAGUUAUGGAACGCGGUUAAGAACAAGAUAUGAGCUUGUAAAGGCAUAUCUCUAGUACCAGAGUUUGUGUGGCCCAUACAUACAUACAUGUAUACACAUGAGUAAAUAACUUUAAGGAACUUGUAUAAGAAACGUGUAGGAACAGAACUUUCCCUUAAGAAAGUGCUGUACGCUGAUUUUGUUGUGGUCACGAAGAGGAACGGGACAAUCCUGGUGAUUCUAGCGAGCGAGACAAGUCUUAUUAUGACAAGCAAGGAAAGGGAUAUAAGUUUGCUGUAUCUGAGAACGUGGAAGAAAACGCCGCUCAGCCGAACGUUAUCAUAGUUAAUUAUGAGCUGAAAAAUUAAGUUAAAAGUCCAAACCUGGAGCCUUAAGGAAAGGUUUGAUGAAUCAUUGAGGUUAUAUGCUAAGAAAAUGUUAGUUCACAACUAGUAAUUAGUUCAAUAAUGCACAGCUAGUCACAGCUAUUAACUAGGCAAUUUUAACGUUUUUUGGAGGUUUUUGCUGAUAGUAUAAAAACGAAAACCUAUUAAAUUCAGAUCGUUAGUGACUAUAGGUUAAAGAUAAUCGUGCAAAAGAAAAAAAUGACAUUAGGAAACAAUCUUGUCUUUAUUGAUUAUGAUUUGUAAUAACCCCGUUAUCCACAACCAUCUUGGAGAUUAUUCUAGACAUUUCAGUCUGUGCGAUGUGAAUAACUGAUAAUUAGAACUGUGGGGUAUACCAAAAUUCAUCAUGAAAUUAUGAAAAUAAUUUAGUAGUUGCAAAUUUAUCAUAAACCGUGUUAAAUAUGUUAAAUUAAAUCGGUUUGUUAAGCUUUGUUCAGGUUUCAUAAGAUCAGAAAGUUAGCACAGGUUAAGAUUUCAAAAUCGUAUUGCAAUACUUUAAUUAAUUAUCGAACCUUCUGUGUCUUGCUGCUGACAAUUAGCGUAUAUAAGCUCCAUUGGUACGUAUAUGUAGUCUAUCUUGAGAAAAAAAAAACAUACGCUCAUUGUAAUCGUUGUAAUUGUAUAUAGUAUGUUUUAGUAAGCGUAUGUCUGUACAUAUGUAUUUAAGUAGGACCGAUGUCUCUCAUCAAGUAGAAUUAUUUCAUAAAAAUAUCAUAUAGGUUUGCGUAUAAGUAAAUUGGCCUUAAAGCUGAAAGUUAUUUACUAAAAGGCUGUGAUUUGUAUCAUUUUAGCUUGGGAUUACGCGGCAUUACGAAACUGAGAUGUGAUGGUUAAAUAUUAGGCCUAUAAUUGUUUUGUGGGAAAAGUCUAAACAGCUGUUGAAAUGGAAAACCAGCUACCACGGCUUAGAAAAGCAAACUUUCACGCUUAGAUUUGGGUCAAAUUAGUACAAAUCGUCCACGUGUGAUAUAUAUAUAUGUAAAAUAAUCAGUUGGAUCCGGUUAAAGAUUGUCUUCUGGGCUUUUGUUAUUUUUAAUCAAAUGUACUACAAGAACGUGAGAAUAACAAAACAUAAUUCUUGCAAAAUUUCAAGUUUAACGUAAAUUUGUGGAAAUGCGUAUGAUUUUAUUUAUAAAUAUAAUAACUAUAAUAUUAAUAAUAAGCCACUGAGCUUUUAUUUCUUUGCGUACUACAUACGGCGCUCGAGAGGCACUCACUACCUCUUGAUAUUCAACUCUUAUUUUGCACAUUACACGUAUAUAUAUGUUUUGGGUAUCUGUAUCGUGUAUUAGCUUCAGGUAAGCUAAUAACAUAGCAUGUGUAUCUUAUGUAGAAUUUCAGUUUAGUUAAUAGUACCAUGUAUCGUCUUGUAUAUCGUAUGUAGAAUUUCAGUUUAGUUUUUAGUACUAUGUAUCGUCUUGUGUCAGUUGUUUUUUUUUAAUGUGUUAUUUUACCCUAUUGUUCUUCUCCAGUGUAUGUUCAAUUAUUGUUCUGUGAAUUUUCUCAUUUCUUGCUGUUGCAAACUCUGCAAUAGAUCAUUCUCCUACAGGGGAAAUGUUUCAAUGGUAUUUAACGCUACAAAACCAAAUGAUAGUCUGCUGACUUAGAUUUAUCCGAGAAAUUGCACACAUUCCGUCCGUUUUAUCAUCAUCCACCUCACUGUAGUGUGACACAUAGCACAACUCUCUUCUUAUUAUUAAGUUUAUAUAUAUGUUCCUGAUGACAAUACCACGUAAAGGCCGUAGUCUUAAUUUUACAAAAUAAAAUAAAAACCGUCCUUUAUUGUAAAUAGGAAAUAAAAGUACACGCGAAUUAAAA